AUGACUGCGAAUUACACUGAAAGAGCAGCUAAACACCCCAGUCCCGUUGCUUCGAAGCUUCUGCGACUUAUGGACGAGAAGAAAACCAAUUUAUGCGCAUCGUUGGAUGUUCUGACCACCGAGGAACUCUUGAAACUUGCUGACAUUCUGGGCCCAUAUAUCUGUCUUUUAAAAACCCAUAUUGACAUUUUGCCCGAUUUUACAAUGGAUGGCACUGUCAAGCCCUUGAAAGAGCUAGCGAAGAAGCACAAUUUUAUGAUCUUUGAAGACCGAAAGUUUGCCGAUAUCGGUAACACGGUCAAGCUACAAUACUCUUCAGGUGUACAUAAAAUUGCGGAAUGGGCCGAUAUAACAAAUGCGCACGGUGUGACGGGUGCGGGUAUUGUUCAAGGCUUGAAACAGGCUGCACAAGAAUCGACAAAUGAACCAAGAGGGUUGCUCAUGCUAGCAGAACUUUCGUCUAAGGGUUCUCUUGCACACGGAGAAUAUACUGCUGGAACUGUUGAGAUUGCUAAGAGCGACAAGGAUUUUGUGAUCGGUUUCAUUGCGCAAAGGGAUAUGGGAGGACGGGACGAAGGUUUCGAUUGGCUUAUCAUGACACCCGGGGUCGGGCUCGACGACAAAGGUGACAGUUUGGGUCAACAAUACAGAAGCGUGGACGAAGUCAUCCAAGGCGGCUCAGACAUAAUCAUUGUAGGAAGAGGUCUUUUUGGCAAGGGCAGAGAUCCUGCCGUCGAAGGUGCUCGCUACCGGAAAGCCGGUUGGGAGGCCUACAGCAGGAGAGUGGGUCUCUAA